AUGAAGCAGCACGAGGAUGAACGGCUCCAAACUUUUCUCACCCGGUUCAACCUCGUUAAAAGCAUGGUAAUGGAGUGUCAUCCGUCCACAGCGGUCCAAGCAUUUAAACUCGCAAUGAACCGGGGGAUGCCGUUCCACACUAGCUUGGUGGUUACUACGCCGAAGACCAUGGACGAGCUGAACGAGAGAGCUGACGGUUUUGUUCGUCUUGAGGAGGAAGAGGUAGCUAAUUCGAGGAAGACGUCAAUUAUUUCGACGGAAGAGAAGUCCAAAGUCAAGAUCCGGCAAAAACAAGCUCAGCCACAACGUCAUACCUCAUUGAAGGCAGAGAAAAGGCCCAGGGAGGAGGAAUCAACUAAUGAAUGCAGGAACCUAAGGAGGCAGGUAGAGAUGCUAAUCGCAAAGGGGGAAUUUAUUAUAAAUGCAAUUCAUGGUCGACCAGAACAAACGACGGAGUCAGAAGAGUUGCUCAGAACGCGGUUACGCCAAGCCCAGUUGAAAAGAAGGAUUAGCAGUGUCCAUGCUUUGCACCAGCAGAACGCAUCCACACCGAUAAAGUUUGACAGAACAGACCUGCUACGCGUUCAGAUGCCUCAUGAAGAUCUAUUAGUUGUCAAUCUGACAGUUGCAGAAUGCCUAGUUCGAAGAGUUUUGAUUGAUCUAGGAAGUAGUGCGAAUGUCAUGCCUAGGGUGACGUUCGACCGACUUGAGAUCGAACCCGAAAAACUCAAACCCACAGGAAAUCCGUUGCUUGGAUUUGAUGGGAAGUGA